CCGAAAAUUAGAACUCAUGUAUUCAGUUCACGUUUCAAAAGCAAAAGAAUCAAAACCAUGGAGGAUUGUGAAAUAUUUGGAAUGAUAUUCGAAAUCAUUAGCGAUAUGCUGUUUGGCACUGACAGCUCUUCUGAUGAUGAUGAUGACGACUCUUCUACCACCUAA